GUUACAUCUGAUCUUGGAUCCGACAGAAGAUGAUGAAGACGGUUUAAUACCAAACCCGUCCCAGGUAAGCAGCGGUAGUUCGGCCGUAAGUCGUCUCCAACGGUGGCAAGCCAGCAUACACUUUGGCCGUUAGUAAUCCAUCCGUUUUGAAACCCUCCGGCCUCCAUAUUAAUACGUCCGUACUGUUUGUCGUCGGUACUUUCAUCACACCGUCUACGUCCGUUUUGAAUCCAAAGGCUGGCAUUGGCUAGUUUGUGUGGGUAUUGUCAAGAGCGGGUCUCGUCAUCGAGAUGAACGAGGGAUGUGAAGAUGUAAACGUCUGAGUCGAAUAUAAAGUCUUGCUUUCCAGUUGUUAUCAGGAAUAACCGGUUGGAUGAACACAGACCUGGAAGAGCCUACAUCGCUUCCUUUUCUGAUAUAAUCGAUCACAAAUUCUCCGAUCUAUACCGGUAUACCGUACCACAUUCGAAAACGAUGGCGACAGAAACACAGCCGGAAAAGUACGAGGAGUGGCCAAACGCGAAAGGGGCCCAGCCGCAAUUCGAACAAAAAGAUCCCAUCAAGCUCAAAGUUACCGGCCAUAUUCCGAGCUAUGCUAUCGGGACCCUGCUCCGGACUGGCCCUGGAGCUCACGAGAUCGAGACGGAAAAGGGGCUGUUCAAGCUCUCGCAUUGGUUCGAUGGAUUAUCCAUGGUCCACAAGUUCAAGAUCGAGAACGAUUCCGAUCAGGUGAAGGUGUCCUACAGCUCAAGGUUCAUCGUCGAUCAGCUGAUAGAAACCAUCCGCAAGACUGGGAGCACCGAGGGGUUCACCUUCGGACAGAAGCAAGAUCCUUGCCAAAGCUAUUUCAAGAAGCUCAUGAGUGUAUUCACUGCAGCUCCUCCCUCAUCAACUCAGGGAGGACGUGAGGGGAGCAAUAUCGGGGUUACCAUCUCAGCCAAUAUGCCAGGCUUCGGGCCCUUUGGUCCCGAUCAAGCUGAAACCUCAAAGAACCACGCGUCAGGAAUUUCGACUCUGGUCACGAAAACAGAUAGAAACGCCUACCAGCAUCUCAACCCCGAGACGCUCGAACCGGCGGGUGUUGCAAUACAAACCAGCCUCCACCCAGAGCUCAUUGGGCAGCUUUCCAGCGCGCACGCAAAGUCGGACCCUGAUACGGGGGACAUCUUCAACUACAACCUCGAACUCAGCUCCGAUCCGACGUAUAGGAUAUUCCGAGUAUCGGCUACGACUGGCAAGACCGAUAUUCUCGCUAAGUUCAAAGCCACUCCAGCGUACAUCCACUCCCUUUUCCUGACCCAGAACUACGUCGUGCUCUGCGUCUGGAACUCGCACCUCUCCGCAAGAGGCGCGUCGAUUCUCUGGAAUAAGAACGUUCUUGACUCCAUCUCACCACUGAAUCCAAGAUACCCAGCAAAGUGGUACAUCGUCGAUCGGAAGCAUGGUCGCGGUUUGGUCUCGGUCUAUGACACGCCCGCUUUCUACGCCUUCCAUGCAACCAACGCCUGGGAAGAACCGUCAAAGACCAAUCCUGGACAGACUGAUAUUAUCGCCGAGAUCCCCGCAUUCGAUUCCAUCGAUGUCCUCAAACGGUUCUACUACGAGAACUUGAUCUCAUCCGAACCCGGUGCAUUGAAAUACGCCGGAAAAGCCGGCAACAUCGCCCGGCCCAAGUAUCGCCGCUACCGCCUUCCAGACAUCCCGCAGCCGGCGCUACAGAACGGUCAUGCCAACGGCCAUACCCGAUCCAAGAGCAUCCUUCCCUCCUCCUCUUCACCCAAGACACUGAAAGGCCGAGUCGUCUUUGAAGUCCCGUUCACCGCAAGCAUGGAGCUCCCCACUAUCAACCCUAAGUACCUGGCCCGGCCACACCGGUACAUCUACGGCAUCUGCGACCGCGGCAUCAGUCCCUCGUUCGUGGACGGCCUGGUCAAGCUGGAUACCUACGCGUACACCCACCCAUCUGCCGCCGACGCGGCCGACGCGAAGCCGCUGUACUGGUCGCAGUACGCGCACUCGCCCGGCGAAGCGAUCUUCAUCGCGGAUCCGGAAGGCACGGCGGAGGAUGAUGGGGUGUUGUUGAGUGUCGUGCUGGAUGGGAUUAAAGGGUAUAGUUAUUUGUUGGUGUUGGAUGCGAAGACGAUGACGGAGGUGGGGAGGGCGGAGUUGGGGGAGGGUAGAUGUGUUGGUUUUGGCUUCCAUGGGACACAUGUUCGACCGGCUGGAAGGACCUUGGAUGUUUGAACUGGCUUCUGUUUGAUGGUUGUACGUUUGGCAUUGAUGCACAUAGAGUCUCCUUGGGUUCGAUAUCCUUGUAUUCAGCACAAUAUUCACAGUUCGUCUGCAUUCCGCCUACCGUUAAAUUAAGUUAUGCCC